UUAAAAUAUGUGCUACACACAGACCAGUUCUUCUCCGUUUCUAAGAAAUUCAUCUUUAUUCACCGAAUGUACUCGAAUGGAAUCGCUUACUUCGGAUUGUACAAUUGACAGAAGGAAUCUAGGAACAGAACUGACAUGGAGUAAGAUGAAAUGUGUAGUCCUCGCGGUUGUCUUUUAAAUAUUGAUUUGUCUUGCGAAUGCAGAUCGUGUGACAAUCAUAAGUGUUAUUUUAAUAUGCAGCUUGGACAACAGCAAUGUUAUCAAUCCAAAUGGGCUGCAAACAAAGAAAGAUAAAUUAAAAUACUCUAGUUGGCAAGCUUUAUGGCUUCUAGAUUUUAUAUCAAAAUGGACCAUAUAAUGAGUACAAUUGGGUAUGCAGAUACGAAGAUGAUAAGGUAUUCGUGUAUUGUUUACAGUUGCUAUUUUCAGGGGGUUACUUGGGACUUCCAGAAAUUUUGGCUAUUGUAAAAUUAAUAACAGAUAUUUAAAUAGAUUUUGAAAUGGACUCCCCACCGUCAUGUUCACUCAGUGCUACCGGACCUUUAAGUGAUCUUGGUAGCAGUGGACUAGGGGGUUCCAUUUCUAGUGAUUCUGUGCGUGCUCAUCUUGCUAUCGAGAUGCAAGAAAGCGAUAUAGAAAGCAAAUCUUUAUCACAAGAUUCCUUUGAUUAUUCAGAUGGUAUGUGUGGAGAAAAUUUUAAUACGUUAAAGAAAGGGCCAGGUUGGAACGAUAUAGAUGGUAAAUUGGAGGUGGAAGUUGUCGACGUUGCUAUUAAACCGCCACCAGAGUUUCAAGAUAGUCCUUCGCCAGCUGAUUCUGAAUCUUUUUCCGCACCCAUUCUUAAUUAUGAACAAUUGUUGCAACACAAAGUUCCACAAUGUAUAGACGAAUUUGCUAAUAAUUUUGUAAAAUCUAUUAUCGAGGAGGCAUUGGCUAUAUCUUGUAGAAUAUCAUGGCCAGAAGGAAGGAUAGUGACUGCAUCACAUCCUGUUCCUGUGGUAACGCAUAACACACAUAAUCCUAAACGCAUAUGGGCAACAGAUUUCUUGACACCUUCUUGUCAAGGAACUACAACCAUUACGAUCACUCCGUAUAAUACCUUAAAUCGUCCAAAUUCACGAUGUUCUUUAGCUUCUUCGCGUUUGUCCAGUUCCCAUAAUUCUAUAAAUACUACAGGAUUAAGUCAUAAAGCUGAUGAUAGCAGUUUCAUAACUUCUGCUAUGUCGCACGAUGUUUUGACGACUAGUGAAAUUAGUGACAUGUAUAAUGUGCCCUUUGAUUCUGAUAUUUAUACUGUACCGAUAGAUGUAAUCAGGCCAUUGCAUGAUCUUAAGACACCACAAAGGCCUAAGCGUCAUAGACAUCAUCGUAAGAGAAGAAGAAACGUAUCCGCUAGUUCACAAAGUGAAUUAGUAACGCAUAUUCAACAGGCCAGACAUUAUUGUGGAAAAUCUCGUGCUGUAACGCAUGUUAUUAAGUCACAAAGAUUGCUAGCUGAAAUGUGUUGCAAUGAAGCUGGAAAUGGAAAACGUCAUAGUGUUCCAGGUACAUCUGGUCGUCAUGGAUCUAGAAUAUCAAAUGGACAUACACAUAAUAUUGGAGAACCAAUUCAUAUGACAUUACACGAAGUUCGGCAAUAUCUACAAACAUUAUAUUCAAGCUCCAGUGAUUCUAGUGAAAAUAAAAUUAAGCGCGACAAGGCCCCCAUAGGGCAUACGCCCAUACAUCUUGCAAUGCCAAAAGGUGUUACUGUAAAUAAUAAUAAUAGAUAUAGUAAUACACAUACUGAUUCUUCAACUGACACACCAAUUUCUAAUAAGAGUAGUAAUGGACUGAUUCAUAAUAAUAAUAAUAAUAAUAAUAACAAUAUUAAUAAUAAUAGUAAUAUUAAGAAGCACAAGAAGAAUUCAUUUGUCAGUAUUAAACAUAAGAAGGUAAGGGAAGAACCGCAUAAAGAGAAGGCUGAUUCUGAAAGGGAUAAAAUUAAAAAGAGUCAACGAAACUUUUCAUUAAAUUUAAAGCAAACGCUGUGCAAUAUCUUUAGAUUCAGACGCUUGGGGUCUCCCGAUCAUUUCGUAGAAAAAAGAAAUAGUAUCGUGCAGGGUGAAAUUGUUGAAGAGGAAGAAGGAGUCGAUUCUGACCAACACGUAAAUAACAACAAUACCACAUCAGAGGUAGAUACGUCUGCACAGAAAAUGCCUUUUUUCAAACGCGCAUUACCACCUCUGCCAAAAACUAAUGGGCAAGUAGGAGUAGAACAAGCAGAAGAAGCUCUUACAGCUAUGGUAUCCAAAUCAGAUUCUCCGAAUUCCGUACAACAAAUGCCAACUUCUGCUCCUCGAUCUGAAGAAGAAACAGUAGAAGAUACAAGUAUCGAUUUUGCUGCUAGUAUUGAAAAAGUUAAAGAUUAUGGCUGGUAUUGGGGACCUAUAUCAGGUGAAGCUGCAGAAAAAAUAUUGUCGAACGAACCGGAUGGAUCUUUCAUUGUUAGAGACAGCAGCGAUGAUCACUAUAUUUUCUCUUUAUCAUUUAGACUUAAUAGUUGCGUGCGACACGUUAGGAUAGAACAUGAUCAAGGUACUUUUAGUUUUGGAAGUUGCACGAAAUUCAAAUCCCAUACAAUCGUCGAUUUCAUUGAAAAUGCGGUAGAACACUCGAGAAGCGGACGUUAUCUUUUCUUUCUUCAUCGACGACCAGUGUUGGGUCCGAUGCGAGUGCAACUUCUGCAUCCAGUAUCCAGAUUUAAACAAGUUCAAAGUUUACAGCAUACAUGUAGAUUUGUCAUCUUAAAGAUGGUGCGCAGGGAUCUGAUCCCAACGUUACCUUUACCUCGUCGCCUCAUCGAUUAUCUUAGCACACCUCAUUACUACAGCGAACAAUUGGCUGAACAAGACGAGCGAGCAGAAUCUCCUGUUAGUUCUUCGACCGGUGAAUUGGAGAAGAUCUGUUUCACACCGCAAGGCCUAUCGUGAGGCUGUCAGAUGAUCGUAAAAUUUGUUAUGAUGAUGAUGAUGAUGAUGAUGAUGAUUACGAUGAUAAUGAUGGUGAUGAUAAU